AUGGCCGCCGGCGCGAUUGACGGUGCCUCGUCCAUCACUGUCGCCGUUCGCGUCCGACCUUUUACUAUCCGAGAGGCUGCACAACUGACCCGCGUCGACGAUGGCCCGCUCUUUCUCGGCGAUGGAUCUCUGGCCGCCGCACCUGUCCAACGCCAUGCCGGCAAGGGAAUCAGAUCCGUUAUCAAAGUCAUGGACGAGAAAUGCUUGAUCUUCGACCCGGAAGACUCGAGUACCCAAGGACGUUUGCGGCCAGGCAUGGGAGGAAAGAGGACCAAGGACCAACCCUUCACCUUCGAUCGAGUCUUCGACGACAACACCACCCAAGCCGAAGUCUACGAAGCCACCACCAAGAACCUCCUCGACAGCGUCUUCGACGGCUACAAUGCCACCGUCUUUGCCUACGGUGCCACCGGUUGCGGAAAAACACAUACCAUCACCGGUACAGCGCAACAACCCGGUAUCAUCUUCCUGACCAUGCAAGAGAUGUUUGAGAGAAUUGGUGAGAUGCAGGAGGAGAAGCAGACCGAGGUCACCCUUUCAUACCUCGAAAUCUACAACGAGACAAUUCGCGACUUACUCAUUCCCGUCGGCGAGGUGACUAAACGAGGCCAGGGCCUGAUGUUGCGCGAGGACGCCAACCAGGCUGUGUCUGUUGCAGGCCUCACCUCGCACCGCCCUCAGAACGUCAACGAAGUCAUGGACAUGCUCAUUCGAGGAAACGAGAACCGCACCCAGUCACCCACCGAAGCCAACGCAACAUCGUCCAGAUCUCACGCCGUCUUGCAAAUCAACGUCGCUCAGAAAGAUCGCAAUGCUGGCCACUCGGAGCCCACCACAUUUGCAACCCUUUCCAUCAUCGAUUUGGCUGGAUCAGAAAGAGCUUCGGCGACAAAGAACCGUGGUGAGCGCUUGCUCGAAGGUGCCAAUAUCAACAAGUCUCUGCUGUCUCUGGGAUCAUGUAUCAAUGCUCUUUGCGAUCCAAAGAAGAAGAAUCACGUGCCCUACCGCAACAGCAAACUCACCCGUCUGCUCAAGUUCAGCCUGGGCGGGAACUGCAGGACCGUCAUGAUCGUUUGCGUCAGUCCAAGUUCUGUUCACUUCGACGAAACACAAAACACCUUGCGUUACGCCAACAGAGCCAAAAAUAUUCAAACCAAAGCUGUUCGCAACGUCUUUAAUGUCGACCGCCACGUCAAGGACUAUCUAAAGAAAAUCGACGAGCAAAUGGCUCUUAUCAAGGAUCUGCAAGCCCAACACAAGGAAUUCGAGUCGCUCGCCUUUGCCAAAUUCAAGAAGACCGACGACAAGAGGAGCGCACUACUGAAGGAAGCUCUUGCCAGGAUUCGUGCCGCAUACGAUCACUCGGGCGAUGAACGCAAAGAGCAUAUCAACAAUGUGAAGCGCCUGCGACAGAUUGAACGUAGAAUUGGCCUCAUCUCUGCCUGGAUUGGUAGUUUCGACCAGGUAGUCGAGAACCGUGAGGAUGAGGAACCACCGCUUAGCUUGGUCGCCAUGCGCAAAACCGCCCUAGGCAUAGUCGCAGAGCUUGAGGGGAGCAGACAGCAUUAUCACAAGCGCCUCGCCAAGGCAAAUUGGGAGCGUACUCUAGAUACCGCCCUGCAAAAUGGCAUUCGUCAGGUGCAGGAAGUUGACGGCUCAACAUCUAUGACGUCUCCUGCAAUUGCGAGCUUGAAGCAAGAGGUUGAGGUGCUGCGUAGCAGAGCAGAGAGAGAAGCGCAAUCAGCCGUUCUUGAUCAAGAAAAGACUGGCGAUGCCGCACUUGUACAAGUCUUGCUACAAGCACACUUCGAGACCAUCGCUAUUCUAGGUCAAAUCAUGCAGAUGGACGAGGAAGAAGCAGUCAAAGCAGCCAAGAAUGUCCUCACCAAGCUGCUAAAUGCGUGCACAGAAGCGACUUCACAAGUCAUCCGACCAGAUGGCGGUCUUGCAAUCAUCGAAGCAGUACCACCGACCAAGUCAGGAACACCGAAGAAGAAGAAGGCUAUCAAUCUCGCUGGGCCUUCUCCUAUAAAAGCAAAAAUUCGCCCGAGCAUAGUCCCUCCACAGUUCAGACAGUCUCCUAACAUGGGAUCAGUUCCAGCUUCACCGAGGCGAAGGAAGUUGGUGGCUCCUAGGAAGUCCGUGGCUUUCAAUGGCGGCGGCACUCCUAAGAAGAAGUCAUCAUCACCAGCCAAGGCUACAAGGCGUGGCGUACGAUGGCGGGAUGAUACAGAAGAUGGCAAGCUGGAAGAAUUUCAACCAACGCCACCAGGACUGGACUCUUCGUUUAACGAGCCAGAUAUGUCACAGUCCGCUGCCUCGCAGUAUCAGCUAGGUGAAAAUUCUGACACCCUCGACUCGAGUCCUAUUCCUCCUCCACCAGUGCCAUCAUCAGAGCUCCGCUCGAGGAACAGCCGCUUCCAAGCAGGAUUCCUGAAGAAGGGUGAUGGUUCACCUGUGAUGCCAGCACUAUCCAAUCUUGCAUCGGCAGCGUCCGAGAACCUCUCUCCUUUGCGCGAGAUUGAAGCUAACAGCACGUUUCAACCAAAGAGAUCACCGAUACCAAUCCGGCUUCAGAAGGCUGCAGAGUUUGCUGGUGAUGACCAAACUGGCAGCAGUGCAUCGGACAACGACGACCCAACAAGAUCGCUCCAAGAUUCGGCUCUACAGAUCCAGUCUGCUAUGAGAAGGCGCACGUCCACCGGCUCAAAUAGACAUCGCAGACGCAGCCCCGCAGCCCAAACAAGUGGCUCACCAAAUUCGUCCAACGAGAACAAUCUCUUUACAGCAAGUCAUGCCCGCCGAAUGGUUAAGAGCGAGAAAGGCGAGGCGAACAAUGUAUUGAGUCCACGUUCUGCUCCGGUUGUGAAAAAUGCACCCAGCAUUGCCAGUCUCCGCAGUGUUUCUCGCGAGAGCACCAUUGGCGGUGGAAGCAUGCGUGUGGCUCCUAUUCGCACGCAGAGCAUGGCUGCGAGGAAGGAUGUACCUUCAGCCAAGACUGUCUGGAGGUAA